UCUUAAGGGUUCAAAUCGCCGUCUCGCGCCCUCGAUGGGCGCCUCGCAAUCUGCUUGAUCGCAUUCAAAUUUUGAAAAUCCUCGAGGCAGCAGAAUUGAUGAAGGAUUUGCAGGGUUAGGGUGGAGAUCAAUUGGCAGGCCACUAGUUCUGUUCCGAUCGAGAGCAAUGGUGGUCAUGGCGGUAUUGUAGCUACCAAGUUUCUUUCUACCUGCGUCGUUGAGGAAGAGUGGAAAAGUGGAGGUGUAGAGUUUCUGAAACGAUGGCGGAUUGGGAAUCUCGUGCGAAGAGAGGCAUGAAGUCCGCCUCUCAGCAGUCGAAUGCUGAGCUGCUUCGAGCUAUUGCAGCCCGUCGCCAGGCUCAGCUUCUGCGUAACAACAAGGCGCCCUCUCCUCCCCCAGGUAUGAAUGCAGAUGAAGUGCCAACUGAGAAGGCCGAGCACGUGCAUGCCGAGGUUAGGCUGGCUGCAUCGAAAAUCCUCCCAGAAUCAUCAGAAGCUAGUGGGGCGAGUAGUGAUGACGAUGGAUCAUUCGACAGCACUUCACUACCUGGUGAAGGGGGUCGAUGCAAGGAAUCAACUCCAAAGGACAAGUCCGAAGGUUCAUCGAUGGAUGACCUGCGCACUGUGCUUGACCAAAUGAGCAUUAAAGACAAGAAUGGAGCGCAGAGUAGUGACAGACCCGGGAUACUGGAGAAGCAGUCCGAGAGAAAACCGAGAGACUUGAUUUUGAACAUACGGAAACGUCUUGUCAAGAAGUCAACAAUAGUUGACUCAGACAAUGAAUCGGAAAGCGAGAGCUUCGACGGUGUGGACCCUGUAUCUUCUCCCUCCAUAGAUUAUAACUCAGCUGAUGAUGGUGAUGUUGAUUCACCUGUUGUGUCGAAGGUGAAGUCAAAGAUUAAGCCAGCUGGUGUGGCACCAAGACGUUAUCCAUCCGUGGAUACCCGGCCUUCUUCUUCACCAAAUGCAGACGUUGAACACGUACGCGCACCAGGAUUCAGAAGUGUUGCAAAAGGUUUCACAGAGACCACACUUAAUACAGUUGAUUCUCCACCUCCGUCAGCGGCAGUCGGUAAUCUUAUCAACGAGUCAGAUGUUCCAGAAAAACAACAGGAGUUGGUGUUAUCCGACGGAAAACAUCGGUUCUGUCUCCGACCAAAAACUGCGAACAUGUUGUAUCCGCAUCAACGUUCCGGCAUAGAAUGGUUGUGGAGUCUGCACAUGAAAGGGAUGGGCGGGAUCCUAGGCGAUGACAUGGGACUUGGCAAGACCAUGCAGGUUGCCGCAUUCCUGGCUGGACUUUUCUGUACCCAAAAUAUCAAGUGUGCCCUAAUUGUUGCACCUAAAACUCUAAUUGCCCACUGGGUUAAAGAGCUCAAGGUCGUCGGACUUUCGCGCAAAACUUAUGAUUACUCUGGUACGUCGGUCAAAGCGCGUGAGUAUGCUUUGCAAAAUGUGCUACAAAUGGGAGGAGUACUGCUUACAACUUAUGACAUGGUCCGUUGCAACUUCAAGGCACUCAGAGGGGAUUUCGAUGGAAGAGAUGGUUAUGGAGAUACAAGUGAUGACAUUAUUACGUGGGACUACAUGAUUUUGGAUGAGGGUCAUCUUGUCAAAAACCCGAACACGCAGCGAGCCAAAAGUUUAAGAGAGAUCCCGGCUGCCCAUCGAAUUGUUAUCAGUGGCACACCGAUUCAGAAUCACCUUCAAGAAAUGUGGGCUUUAUUUGAUUUCUGCUGCCCCGACCUUCUUGGAGAUAGAAAAGAGUUCAAGGACAAGUAUGAGCGACAAAUUCUGGCCGGGACCGACAAGAAUGCGUCUGAUCGGCAAAAGCGAAUUGGAAUACAAGUUGCAGAGGAAUUAAGACAAAAGUUUGGUCCCUUCUUCUUGAGGCGUUUGAAAAGUGAGGUUUUUCCAGACUCCGAGGACAAAAAAGAACGGAAGUUAUCCAGGAAGAAUGAUCUCAUUGUGUGGCUGCCUCUUUCUGAAGGCCAGGAGAAAUUGUAUCGGGCUUUUUUGAAUAGUAACACAGCCGAGGAAACAUUGAGUACCGGGACGAAAGUACUUUCAGCCCUGACAGUUAUGAAGAAGAUCUGCGAUCAUCCAAUGUUGCUCACAAAAAGGGCAGCAAACGACAUUGCUGAAGGAAUGGAAGGCUAUUUGGAUGCUGAGGAUAUUCAAGCUGCAGAAGCCAUGACACAUUCUCUUGCUGGCAUGGUUCAGGAUGAUGAAGACAUGAGUGCAACUUCUUGCAAGAUUGAUUUUCUCAUGGCUCUACUCGAUAACCUUGUCGCGGAAGGUCAUCGCACUCUCAUUUUCGCGCAAACUCGGAAGAUGCUCAACAUCAUACAGGACGAAAUUCUUGAGAGAGGAUGGAUAUUUAGACGUAUUGAUGGCACCAUUAAAGCAGCCGACCGCGAACUCUGCGUGCAAGAAUUCCAAUCGGAUGAUGAAAUACCGCUUUUCUUAUUGACAUCCCAAGUCGGUGGUUUAGGACUUACGUUGACUGGAGCUGACAGGGUUGUGAUAGUUGAUCCUGCAUGGAAUCCUAGCACUGACAACCAGAGUGUAGAUAGAGCUUACCGUAUUGGUCAGAAGAACGACGUCGUCAUCUAUCGCCUCAUGACUUGUGGAACGAUUGAAGAGAAAAUUUACCGCAAGCAGGUUUUCAAGGGCCAUCUUAUGAAAGUUGCGACUGAGAAAAAGAAUCAAAUGCGGUACUUUUCACAAGGGGAACUGGGUGAAAUGUUUAAAGUACCUGAAGUAGGUUUCAGGGUGUCCGAAACACAGCUUCAACUUCACAAGGAGCACUCCAGCCAGCACAAGAUUGACGAAGGACUACAGAAACACAUUGAGUUUCUAGAUGGACUGGGCAUUGCUGGGGUGAGCCAUCAUGACCUGCUCUUUACGAAAGAGGCAGAACCAUUGCCUCCACCUGGGUCUGAAGAUCAAGAUCUGAAUGCCACAUGGGAGCCUAGAAAUCCUUCAUAUGUGGGUCAUCGAUACAAAGCAGCUUCAAAGCCUGAGAAAUAUUCCUGGGAAGCUUCACAAGCCGUAGGUCGAGGUAUUUUGGCAACCGCAACGGCAGGUUUGCAAAGCCAGGGUGUAGACAAUAGCAAUGCGCUCAAGGUUGAGUUUCUGAGGGGCAAACUAGAACGCCUUUCCAGAACUCUGGAUGACAAGGCAAUGAUUGCGAGGCUACCAGAUCAUGGAGUAGGCCUUGAGAAAAAACUCAAGGAGACUCAGAAAGAGCUGAGGGAAGCUGAGUUGAUUGCUGGGAGCAAGGAGAAUAUUGGCGCGCAUUUGCCAUCUCGAUCAGCUGCCCAAGUUCCUGGUGCUGAUCUGUCUGCGGAUGAAACCUACGCAGUAACUAACAUUGCUGAGGGCCAAUCGGCUCAAAGACCAAAACCACUUGGAUUUAACAACAAUCAACUCACUGUCCCGACGUUGGUCAGCAAAAAAAAUUCCUGCUUUCAGGAGACGGUACCAGCCACACAAACCGCUAGUGUGCCUGGAGUACAACGUGGUGUUCAUCUACCAAGCUGGAGCUUAUUGAGUGAUUCUCCAACAUCAAGUAGGGGCUCUCCAGCUCCCACAAGCAGGGAGGAUGUCGAUGAUAUGGCGGAAGCUUUGAGUUCACUUAGGCUACGUCUGCACUAGGUGUACACAGAUGCAAAUUUCUUCCAAAUAGAGCGUUGUAUUAUACCUUAGUAGGUGCGAAUCGACCCUAUCGUAAGAGGACGAUACAGUGUAAUGUUCUUUGGAAUAUUAUGUCCUCAAGUAUUCUAGGGUAUAUAUUCCCUUACGACACAUUAUCUCUAUUGAGAUUGACUAGAUCGUCGCCAGGUAAUAACGAUGUUCCUUUAUAUGCCCGAUUUGGCCAUUUUUUCAUAAUCUGCUUCGAUUAUGCGACCUUAAUGUUUCUGGGAUCGCUCCUGCA